AUGAAGAUAGAGUGGACCAUGGGAGACCAGGGUUCACAUUCCAACAAAAGCACAAAAAAGUUAGUUGAUUUCGUCUUUGGUGUACAGAGUUACCCUGGAACUUUUCUUGUGGAAGUAGCAGCUUAUGAUAAUCUGCAGGAAGCAGCUAAACUGAUUCAACCCUCAUCUAGAAGAGAAGGUUUCUCCGCUAUCCCAAAUGUAAAGUGGGAAGAUGUUGGAGGCCUUGAUUCAUUAAGACAUGACUUUGACCGAUACAUCGUCAGGCGUAUAAAGAAUCCUAAUGAUUACAUGGGUUUUGGGGUGGACUUGGAAACAGGAUUCUUGCUUUAUGGUCCCCCAGGAUGCGGUAAAACAUUAAUUGCCAAAGCUGUUGCUAAUGAAGCUGGAGCAAAUUUUAUACACAUUAAGGGACCUGAAAUUCUGAACAAGUAUGUUGGUGAAAGUGAGUUAGCUAUAAGGACAUUAUUCACCCGUGCAAAAACAUGUGCUCCAUGCAUUCUAUUCUUCGAUGAGAUGGAUGCAUUGACAACUAAGCGUGGUAAGGAAGGAGGUUGGGUUGUGGAAAGGCUUUUGAAUCAGCUACUAAUAGAACUAGACGGUGCAGAUCAGAGAAAAGGUGUUUAUGUGAUUGGUGCCACAAAUAGGCCUGAAGUCAUGGACCAAGCUAUUCUUCGACCUGGAAGGUUAGGGAGACUCCUAUAUGUCCCUCUACCUACUCCAGAUGAGCGUGGUCUAAUUUUAAAAGCUCUUGCCCGGAAAAAACCUAUAGAUUCUAGUGUCGACUUGAUGGCUAUUGGAAGAGAUGAUGCCUGUAAAAGUUUAAGUGGAGCGGACCUAGCUGCACUGAUGAAUGAAGCUGCAAUGGUUGCACUUGAAGAUAAAUUGACAGCCAUAGACACAAGUUGUGGUGACAUAUCAUCGACCAUCAAGGAGUCACAUUUCAAACGUGCUUUGGAGAAAAUUUCUCCAUCUGUCUCCGACAAGCAAAUAGGAUACUAUCAUGAUUUAUCAAAAAGGUUCAGAGCAGCAUGAAGCCAGAACAUGAAAGCCUUGGUGAAGGAGAGGAAAGAAGAUGCUUAGAGUGGUGGUCAUAUCUCCAGCUUAGUAAUUCUGGUCUGCACUAUAGAGGUUCAUGGACCGCUUAUACUAGACUGGCAUCUUGGAUGCUCUUUCUAGCAGUAUCUCAUAUACUUCUCAGCUAAAGUUGUACAAUGUCUUCAUUUAAAAAACUAUUGGAAAUAUAUAAACCUGUACCUGUACAAUGUCAUCUUCUUGCGUUACAAAGUGCUAUGAAAAUAUUCACCUCAGGGUUUCUGGGA